AUGGUGAAUGCAGUGUCCUUCCACAAGCGAGGCAUCAUCAACUGCAAGAAGAGAUUGAACGAUAUAAAAUGUCAGUUGAAGAGGAAAAUGGGUCAAGAGGCAAAAUAUGCCAGAGGGACUGGAGGGGGUCCAGCCCUACACCUCCAAUAUUCAUUAUUUGAGGAAGAGUUAAAGAAGGUCAUUGGCCCAGAUGUGGUGGAAGGAAUCCAGGGUCAAAUUGAUACAGAUCUGCAAGUUGUUCAACAACACAUUGCUCAGCCACAGCUGGUGGAAGCUGUCUGUGGAACAGAUACCCUAGAUGUUAUUCAGCAACACAUUGAGCAACCUCAGCAGCUGGAGGCCGUCUGUGGAACAGAAGAAAACCUAGAAGAAAAUAAUGCUGAAGAAUAUAUAAUACUGGAGACAGUUGAUUGUCCAGAUGUCCUGAACUGUGCUGGAAAUGAAGCAGAAUAUCGUGAAACUGGUAUCUACGAGGAACCUGCUUCAGGACCUGCAGCAGAUCAUGAAAGUCCCCCUGAAAGUCCCCCGGCAACAGCAGCCCAAAGGAGUACUGGCCCGUUUUCAGCAAGAAGGCGAACUCCUGGAAGGGGAAGGCCUUCUGCUUCCAACAGUGAUCACCUACAAAACUUCACUACGUUAGCGAGGUCAUAUAUUGCUCAUGAAAAAAAAAAGUGGAAACAGUUUUCUAGGCAUAUGACUCGUUUAGAACAAUUCCAGGCUCAAACCCUUGAAAGGCAAGAACAACAGAAUGAGUUGUGGAAAGAAACUAAUAGUUUAUUGAGACAAAUUGCUGAAUGCAGGCAGGCAGGGAGGUCCAUUCAACCUGAGGAGCCAGCAAGGGCAGUUCAACCUGAGGAGCCAGCAAGGACAGUUCAACCUGAGGAGCCAGCAAGGGCCACAGUUACCAGAAGGGUUGGUUUGAGAAGGGGUGGGAGACGUGUUAGGCCACCUAGGCUUACAGACCUUUAAAAAAAUGUUUUAAGAUAUUUUAUGUGGUUUUCAAUUUGUUCAAAUAAAGUUUGGCAUUUUGUUUUCAUAAAUUGAAAUCACUUGUUUGUC